ACAUCUCAAAGCUCCAGUAAACACCUGCCGGGCUUCCGCAAAAUCCUCCCCAGAGCCAACUGCUUCCUGGUGCCCAACAGCGCCUCCCCUAAUUAUCAAGCUGUAGGCUCUCAGUCAGAAGUGUGCAUCGAAUCGAUUGAUUUUUCGGCUGAAGGAAGCUUGUGCUCGGUCGCCCUCAGGGUCCCCAAGUCCAAGGUAGCGCCUGUUGAGUUGGCCGCAGAGGUGGAGAUUUCAGAGCCCCCCACUGUUCCCAGUGAUACAGCAGAGGAAACGGUGGUGUCUUCUCCCCAAAGAACUUCACCAUGGUCUUCAUCCAAAACCCUGACCUCCACAGAUGUCCAGGGCUCGCAGGGUUCUGUUGAUGAGAUGCUGAAUGAUGUCUCACUGAACACAAAAGCCGGUGGAGUAGCAGUGCAAAUGAUGCAACGAGAAGCUACGCAGAUGGUGACCAUUGUGCCCUCUCAGAGUCAACUGGAGCCUCAGCCUUUAGCAGGCAUUAGUUCCCUGCAGCCAGUCAUGAUGAUAUCUGUAGGGGCCAAAUCAGACCAGAUUCCCAAACCUUCUUAUAAAAUGUCUGUAAAGACAUACACAAGGAGAGGUCGGGGGAGGUGUCUGAAUCCUGGCUGCUCUUUUGUUUACGUCACUCGACACAAACCACCUACCUGUCCCGAGUGUGGGAGCCACUUGGGAGGAAAAUGGAUACCUGCUGUAAAGGCUAAACGGACACAAGAUAAAGCUGGUGCUUCCAAGCUAACAACUGACAACAAGAGUGACGAAAGCCGUCAGGCUGCACUGCAUGUUUCUGCAGACACCAGCAAAACAUCUGGUGGCGGUAACAAGGAAGGACAAGCUAAUCGGAGCAACAGAAAACAGCCUGCACUAUCAGCUGCAGCACCACCAGAGGGCAGCAGCAACACGUCAUUAUCAAGUAAACAAAUAAAAGUGAAUACCAAAAGCACGCAUCAGAAACCAGCGAGAAGCUGUGCUGUUGUUCAGAAGAGGCCCGUGAGACCCAUCCUUCCUGCCGUCUGUAACCCAGGCAACGCUGUGAUUCAGAUCUUGACUGUGGCACCCGAGAAAGAAAAACCUCAAGGCGUCUCUACAAGCAGCCAUUCAGCAGCAGCCACAGUGCCUCAAGAGAUUCUGUCGAGUCUUAAACCCAGCACUUUAAAGCAGCUUGGCCAGACCGCCCCAACGACGACAACCACCCAGGAUUCCUCCAUCUCAGCAGACAGGAGUAAACAUGCGACUUCCACUCCUGACACAGGUGUGAAUGUUUUGUCCCUAGUGCCUUUCAGACACACGGUUUCCUGUUUUGAUUUGGGGCUAUCCACAGCACGAGGCAGGGGCCGCUGUAAGAACCCGGCAUGCGACUACAUGUAUAAGAACCGUCACAAACCUGCUGUGUGCCCGAAAUGUGGCAGCGAGUUGACCAGAAAGAAUACCAAGCCUCCAAAGUCUGAGACUUUGCUGGAUCCCCAUCAGGACCUGAGUCCUGCUCAGAGGGACGUCCAGCGCCAGAGCACUCUGCAGCUGAUCCGCAGCACCCUGCAGAUUCCUGAGAGCGACACAGAGCUGCAGGAAACAAUGAGCCUCAUCCAGGAGCUGAACAGCGUUAAAAUAGUCCUGGUUAAGAACGGUGAGGGAAGUGAUGCUGAGACUGAGACGCUGUUGGAGACGGGGUGGCCUCAGUUUUAUGAAUCAGCAGCUACACACUGCGGCCUCUGCAGCUACCGUCUGUUGAAAGGAGAGCGGGGUACUGUUGCCGGGCAGGAGGACUGCUGGUUGCUCACAGAGACGCUGAUGCAGACGGCGUCUCUGCAACUCAAAGUGUGUCCCAACCUUCGGUGUUUGGCCCUGCACAGCUUUGCAGAUCUGCAUCCAGGUUUGUUCAAUGUUGGGAAUCGACUCCUUGUGAGUCUUGACUUAUUUCUGAAGAUCAGAGCCAACAUCAAACUGGGCCAGACACCACCUCUCGCCGCACAGUCUGUGUUUGACCAAAUCCAAAAUCAUCCAAUCCAUAGUCUUACUGCAGAGGAAUCAUCUCACGUUCAGGAGCUUUUCCUGAGCGGCUACUGGGCUUUUGAGUGUCUGACGAUGCGGGAUUACAACGACAUGAUCUGUGGCAUUUGUGGCGUUGCCCCGAAAGUUGAGAUUGCGCAAAGACACAGAAACGACGUGCUGGAGCUGAAGAAUGUGGAGUUCACCUGGCCGGAGUGUUCGGUCUCAGACGAAGUUCACGUAGACGACUUCUGGCUGACCAUGGAGGGGGAAGCGAUCGAGCAAGCGGCUUUCCCCGCAGACAUCCCCAUCACGCGGGUGGAUGCUUCCAUCAUCGCUCCUUUCGCGCCGCCUUUGAUGAGGAGCCCCACUGUCAUCAACACGGAGAAAGACAAGCUCAUGCCACCAAUACAGCAGCCUGCAGGAGAUCCGUCAGUUUUGGUUCGUCUCAUCCAUGACGGUCAGCUCAGACUCGACAGGGUCGAAGAUCACAGCGAGGAUGAGUUGAGAGCCAUACUGGAUAGCUGUGGAGUGGACCUCACCCCUGGCUCCACGAAGAACGAGCUUCUGGCCUCCCUGGUCAACCUGUACACACAUGUCCACAGUGGCCUUCCCACGGCUCCACAGCCACCCGCCCAUCUCACCGCUGGCAAGCUGUCCAAGAUGUGCCCCCACAAGGUGGUGUGUUCCUCCAAGUACUUGGUGAGAGGAGAGACGGCUCGAGACCACGUCGAUCUGCUCCUCUCCUCCCGUUACUGGCCUCCGGUUUACGUCUGCGACUGUCCUCGUCAAGUGGCGCUUUGCACCGAUCUGCAGUAUCCAGAGUUGGCAACGCAGAUGUGGGGCAGAAACCAGGGCUGCUUCUCUGACCCCUUUGAAAAGCCAGAAUUCGUGACAUGCCCUGAGCUGCAGGAUCAGCCGUACGCCGCUGACCUUUCCUUGGUAGCAGAGAACCAGCUGGUUCACCCCAUCACAAAAUCCCCCUCUUGCUGGCUGGCUUAUCCUCCAGGGGCAGCGCGGGACGCUCCUGCUCAGGAGCACCACCGCAUGAUCCGCUGCAGAGAUCUGGAGCCGUACAUCAACCUGCUAACAGAGCUGGACUUAAAGAAAGAGGAGCAUCACAAAGAGGAAAACAUGAAGGAGCAGACCGACAUACCGGAGAACGACUCUUUGAAAGAACCAGAAGACGAUGUGAACACAAAGCCCAUGAUUUUCAACAACACGGCUUAUUACUACCUGUACAACCGACUUGUAGACUUCCUCAGCAGCAGAGACAUAGUGAACCAGCAGAUCAGCCAGGUUGUGAAGGCUUGUCAGCCUGGAGAGGUGGUCAUCAGAGACUCUCUGUACCGACUCGGAGUGGCACAGAUAAACACAGACGGAGAUGAAGGAGCGAGAUUAGACGCACAGACGGAAGAAGAAGGAGAGAAGCAAUUAAUGGUUCUAAGCAAUUAAAAAAUAAAAUCUUGGUUGGACUUUUUAAUGCCAUAAAAAGAGAUUCAGGGAGGGCAAGGAUUUUGGAAGCAGUGCAGGUCUAGAAAUAACUUUUGUAUUACGGAGGAGACAGAAUAAAAAACAAUACAUUUGAUACGGUGCUGGUCACAUGUUGAAGGGUGGAUUGAAAUCUGUGGAAGUGAAAGCUGUCACAGACUGCAGUGAUUACUGUUAAUAUAUUGAGUUUUAUAAAGUUUUUUAAGCGUAUGGAAUGCUUCCCAAUGUUUUUUCAAGCAUAAACAAUAAUACUACUGAAGACUUUAAAAAUGGACGCUUUGAUGCUAUUUAUGAAACUGUCGGUUGUAAAUGAUAAAGAGUGUAAUUUUGGUUUCAUGCCAGGAUGUUUAUGGAAUAAGUUCAUAUACUGACAAAUCCAAGGCCCAAGUUUUGACAUCAGCUGAUUUUAGAUUCCUAUCAUUUCAUAAAGCUGCUUUGCUUUCACAUUUAUUUAUUUUUUUACACAAAAAUAUAAAACACGAUCUGCUUUUGUCUUAAAUGUAAAAGUAGCAAUUUCUUCUGCUUCCAAAAUAAUGCAUAUUACAUGUAAUAUUGGUCAUUACAUGUAAAGUUUAUUUUAUAUUACUCAGUUGUUUUGCAAGCAUAGACAUAGCAAUUAUAUAUUUUGAUACAAGCAGAAAAUAUAAACCUUUUGUCAUUUUUCACAGUAUAUGGUCCUUAAUCUUCAAUGUCAUGACAGUUUUUUUUUCUUUAAUUAUUUCACAAUCCACUGAAUUUGUUGUACUUAUUGCAGGAACAGUGAUGUAGCUUUCUUUCAGUCAGUUGAUCGUUUGCAGAGAAAACUCUUUGGUCGUUUCCCUGACAUCUCAGUGAAAGGACUUUUAAUUAUAGAAACUGUAUGACGGAGAAAUCGUAACUUUGAAACAUUGGUACAGUAUACUGUGGUACCACUAAUCGGUCUCCUUCUGACUAAAAGAAUGUAAACUGAACUAAUGCAAACCAUGUUCUGCAUUGUUCUCUAUGUGCCAUAUUUAUAGCAUUUUUAAAAAAUAUCAAGACAUUUCUGCUUUGUGUUUUACAGGCUUACCUCUCUGUAACCUUGUGAGCAGAUUUUUACAGAUAUGUUGCGUAUCUGCUAUUUUCCACUGGGUUAUUAUAUAAAAAUGGACCUCAGAGAGUAGUGUUUAAAUUGCAUGAUAUUAUUUUGUGAAAAAUAUAUAUUUAAUGUGG